UGUGUUUGAGGAUCUAGUGCAAAAAAGUGGAAUUGAGCUACACAAUGAUUCUCCCAACUGUCUCACUGUUGACAGUGUGAAGUGGAGGAGGAACAUGGAACGGAAUCUGAAGAGCCAUCCUAAUUAUCCAUUGAUAAUGAGAGAACUCCUCUUAGGAUUGAACCAGUGGCUUGGGGACCCAAAGGCAUUCCUAUGGGCUAUGCGAGAAUCACAAGGAACUGAUAUGGAAAUGGCUUUAGACAGACAAAAUAGUCUCCUCCAUCUGCUUCUUAAAGUCCCUGUGCUUCAUUCAAAAAUCAUGGAACUGCUUCUUGACAAGCUUCUUGAAGCUGCUCACAUGGAUGACCCAGAAUUGGAAGGAGUGGAUGUGCCCCUUCUUAUCCUGUCCCAGUUCCGAUGGCUACAUACAGAUAUAUCUGAGUCCCUGUGUGAGAAAAUCCUGGAGCUGCUCCAGGCAACUCCAGUUCACAUUCAGAGAGACAUCAUUGCUCUCAUACCAGAUAUCCUGCCUGAACAUCGAUAUGAAAAGAUUCUGCCCACACUAGGGGAAUUACUGAAGAGCAGUCCUGAGCUGCGACCAGCUAUUCUGGAAGCAUUGCCUAAUUUGACAACUGAAAAUAAAGUACUCAGAGCUCAGGCACUCAAAGUCCUUCCUUCAGCUCCCAAUGCUCAUCUACCUGUGUAUUUUCAGUUUCUUCUCAAGGAUCUCCCUGACAUGCAAUCAGCAUUAGAGGUGAUGGAGAGCUUGAGAAAUCGAGUGGACUUGAGCAGUUCUGAAGACCAGCAGGGUGUCUUACUUGCUCUCGAUUCCCUCCGUGUUUCUCUUUCCUUGAACAAAGUCAUUGGGGAUGCUUUGUUGAAGGCUAUAAGCAGGGGAGAUGAGGCCAAGGAAAUGGAUGUAUUAUCCCUCCUCCUUCUUCACUCCCUUCCAACCCGCAAGAAAUCUGCAUUAUCACUUUUGAAAAAGAAGGUUAUAAGCUCUCCUGUACAAUGGGGGAUUGUAGUGGAGAACCUCAUCAAGCAGUUUCCCUUGGGUCGUUACACAAAGCAGGAGGUUGUUGUGACACUGGUAGCCCUGCUGACCAGAGGAGGUUCGACUGGAACCCAGGCAGCUCUCAGUAGCCUUCACUCGAUUGCAUCUGAAGAUCCAUCUUCACUCUCACUUUACUAUGUCUUCCUUCUUACAUUGUUGGAUCAUCCAGAGAGCAUGAGUCCUGGUCAACUGGGAGGAGUCUGGGACAUCUUAGUACUCCUUGCCAUGGCUGAGAGGCGGAAUGAGAACCUGAGGGGAAAGCUGGCCACUGUUCUAACCAAAUUCAUCUCCAGUCGUGACUUGAAGUUCAAGAAAUAUGGAAUUAUUGGCCUGGCAAUGAUGAUCAAGAAUAUCAAUGUUGAAGUUAUCUCAAAGUGGGAGGUGGAUGUGGAUGCAUGGAAGAGGGAAGCAUUGAAAUUACUUCAGGUUGGAUUUGACAAGACUGAAGGUCACUAUGCUCUUCGGGGUCUACUCCUUGAUCUCCUCUCUUCAGUUUUCUCUUCUGGGAAAGUCAUUGUGGACAUUGAGAAAGAGGUGCAGAAACGAGUGGAGCAUGAGUUCUGGGAGCUCUUUGUCUCUGAAGCAGAAGAUGAACACUGGCAGCUCCUGUGCCCAUGCUUCAGACUUCUGGCCACCAUGGUCCGCAUACAGAAGUUUGGUGAUAAGAGAGACUUGAAGCGUCUGCUUUGGACGCAACUUUGCCUUCCUUCACAUGACCUGCAGGAUCGCAUCCGAGAAGAAGGGGAGGCUUCUGUCCAGCUUCUCAUCAUUGGCCUCUAUGUGGCUCUGAACUGGUUCAUUGAGAUUAUCAAUAUGUUUGCACCUGACAGAAGUGUGCAGAAUGAGGUGAGGCUGGUGAUGGUGUUGGAGAGGCUGCAGCAGAUUGUGACCCUAAAGGCAGAAAUUGAAGAGGCCGAAAACCUGACUGAUAUCUCUAUUUCUCCUCCACAAUUCUCAUUUGAUCUUCAUCAUGAUUCUGCAAAGGAGGAUACCAAGAGAGCCUUUAGGAAAGCCAAGAAGAUGCCAGAGAAGGCCCUCAGUUUUCGAAGCAUUGACUUCUGUGUUUUCCAUCUACUUCGUGGGUCCAAACUGAAUGUGCCAGAGAAGAUUUACCUGCUGAAGGACCUGGAGGGGAAGCUUAAGUUGGCUAUGGGACCCAAUGGAGAAGAGGUCCCCAAUGGUGAUCUUAAAAAUGCACCUUUGGAAAUGGGCAAGCUCAUUCCAUCUCUUUGGUCUCUUCUUGUUGAAUCUCUCCCAAAACCAAAACCAAGUAGGAAUGAAGAUGAUAGCAAUGAGGAAGUUGAACAGGAUGGAGUAAUUGCCCAGGAGAAGGAAUUAGUGGAGUUGAUCAUUGAGUGCCUGGUUCUUUUCUUUUCCUGGCCAUGGCUUCAUUCCUCCCCCUGCUAUGAGUCCCUGCUUCACAACUCGCUGAGAGCUAUGGGUGAAAAAGUGGAAGGAGGAAGUCAACGAGAACUUCUGGUGGGUGCAUUUGGUUCCCUGGAGUCUCUUCUCAAUACUGAAACCUUAAAUUCCAGCAAUGUCAGCAUCCUGAGGCUAAUGCUCCUGUUAUCAGACAUUGCUGGCGCUCUCGAUCACAAUGAAACCGCUGACCAGAUGAAGGGUCUCCUAAGUGAGUCAUCUUUGAAUCUCCUCAAGGAGGAAAAAGGGAAAGGUUUGACCUUGAAAAAUCUUCGCACCCUCCUCCACAUUUAUCUACGGAAUUCUGCUGACAUGCUUAAAAGUGUGCAGGCACUGUGCCAGUCAACCAUCCUGCAUCUCUGCUCCUCCAUUGACUCUGAUGCUGAAUCUGAUAAAGAAGAGAUGUUUCCUGCCAUCAAUAAGAAGAACCUAUGGGUUGUGUAUGAAGAGGUCUGCAGUGCCCUGGUUGAGGGGAUGCAGCGAGUGAAGAAAAAGGAAGACGGCAUCUCAAUGGAGGACUGGACUGAAGUCUCUGAUAUCUUUCUCAUCCUGGUCAAUGCCUUGAAAACUUUCUCCUCGCCUGCAUUCAUCAAGGCUGCCCUUGCUAGUGGAACAUGGCUCAUCAAGGAGUUCCUGUCUUCAGCUCUGCCUCAAAUGGAAGUGAGCUUCAAGAUUGACAAGGACAAUGUCCUGGGACUCCUCAAGAAAUUCCAGUCCUCCACUCGGUACCUACAACAUGUCUGCACGCACUCCAAGAGAACCCAAAACUUGGCACUGGCCAACAAGGUCCCAGCACUAAAGAAGUUGUUGGAGGAGUUUGUGUUUCGUGUGAAGGGGAUGUUGGCUAUGCAUGGCUGCUUGGAUGCAUUCUGGAUGGGGAAUCUCAAAAAUCGGGAUCUUCAGGGACAGGAACUCCUCUCCCAACAUAACACAGAUACAGCAUACAGUUACAGCAUCCAACACACUGUAAAGCAAGAAUAUGAACUCGACAUAGCUCUUGGAGCAAGACGUGGAAAAGGGAAGGUUGCUUUGAGGCUGAGCGAAGGCGAGGUUCAGGCGAUGGAAGAAAGUGUGAAAAACAUUGUAGAAGCUGGUGAUGUGGGGAUGGAACCCAGUAACUUAAAUGAUAAUCUCAUGCAAGUAGGAUCUGGUAUGCCUAUGGGAGGAAGUGAGACAAUUGGAAAGGUGGUUGGUGAUGUGAGGAUUCAACCUGAUGGCUCAAAGUAUAUUCUUGUGCAAGUUGGACCUAGUGUUCCAAUGACAGACUAUGAGGUUCCUCAGCAGAUUGGAGCUGUGAACCUCGAUUGUGAACCAGAAGGAAUUGAAGCAGCUUCACCAGAAGAUGUCUCUUCCUCAGAGCACUCUGACAGUGGAACAAAGCAGUCUCUCAAGUGUCCUGUGAAGGAGUGCAACAAAAUUUUUUAUCGACCAGAUCGACUCAAGCAGCAUGUGAUGCUUCAUGAGCACAAUCGUCCAUUCUCAUGCAAGGUGGAAGGAUGUAACAAGAGCUAUACAAGGCAGUUUCAUUUGAGAAGACAUGAGAAAACUAGUCAUAAGCUUUCACCUUUUGUUAAAACUGUUCGGUGUCGGUAUGAGGGUUGUGAAAAGACCUUCUCUUAUACUUGGAACAUGAACAAGCACUUCCGAAGAGCACAUGAGACCAUAAAAACAAUCUUCAUUUGCCCCGAAUGCAAUGUGACCUUCAAAAAGCAAUCCAAAUUCAGAGCUCACCGAGAGAACUGUCGUGGGAUUGAAUCCACUUUCUUUUGUCAGCAUGAGGGCUGCAAGGAGGUGUUUUCGUCAGCAUCCAGCCGAAAGGCCCAUCACAAGCGACAUCAGAAGUAUAAGUGCCCCAGGGAAGGAUGCAGCAUUAUUCUUGAUAGGUGGACAGAUCUUCGAAAGCAUGUAACCAAGGAUCACCCUGCCUUACCACCCUAUUAUAAAUGUUCCCUGUGUCAAAAGGCAUUCAAAGCCAAGAGCCACCUCAGGGAUCACAUGCAGGUUCAUGUGAAUGAAAAGGAUGUAUUUAAAUGCUCACAUGAAGGCUGCUCUUCACAGUUUGGGCACAAGAAAAACUUGAUCCAGCAUAUGAAGAAUCAUGAGAAAGAGAGGGAAAUGUUCUCAUGUGCAGAGGAAGGCUGUGGUCGAAGUUUUUUGCACAAGAAGAAUCUCCAGAACCACAUGAGAGUGGCUCACCUGGGUCAGAGGUUUGCCUGUGUUGACUGUGAUGCCAGUCUCUCCUCCUUUCAAAAGCUGAAGUCACAUCGAGCUCUUUUCCAUCUCCAAAAAGCAAAGAAGGAAACUAUGGAGAAGAAGGCAAGGGCAAGAAGGAAGGACAAGGGAAAACCAAAGAAAAACAUGAUAUUGGAACUCUUGGCAGCCGGUGAUCCUUCAGCUGAUUUCUCCAGUGAAGUCUCAGAUGAAUAUGGGAACCACAGUUCUGUUCCUGUUUUGGGCGUUGAAGUGGUCUCUUUGCCCAAGGUGGUAGGAAGAGAUGAAUCCAAAAAGAAGUCCAGCAUUGUGACGACUGAUCUGUCAAUAAAGGACAAGAAGAAACGUGCUAGUUUGGACUCACCUCUAGUGACUCUAUAUGAUGAAGAGACAGACAUUACUGUGGUAACUCUGGAGCAGGCCGAACGGAUAGCUCAACACCGCAACCUUCGCCUCACUCAGGUCCAGUCCCAAGACUCAAAGACAGGCAGAGCCAUCUAUAAACUGGUUACCAGUGGGGAGUAUUUUGGGAAGGAGAGAAGUGGGAAGAAGCAAAAUCAAGCAAAAAAUAAAGGAUUCAAAGGAGAAAAAAAUCUUGGAAUCCGUGCAAGCAUCUCCACUCAUGACUUGGAAUCUCGGAUCAAGCAGACCAACAAGUGGCUGGUUAAGGGCUUCCUUGUCUGGGUGGCCAUUGAUGUUGAGGGAAAGCAUCCUGAUGCGGUGAAAGUGCAGAAGUCUAUUCUGGAAGGGGUGAAGGAGCAUGGGAAACUCAACCAGCAACAAGCUUCUCCUGCGACCAUCAAGUUUGCUCUUGAACCUCUGCAAUUGGAACCUCCACUGGACAAUGGAGAGAUGUUCCAGAUCAGGGACCAGCCGCACAAGAUGCAACAGAAUUCUCCCUUCCAAACGGGUACAGGAUAUGUCAAGCGACCGAAGUUUCUUUGUCCCUGUCAAGAAGUACUCCAGACCAGCAUCUGUGAUGCGUCGGGACCCAUUGAGAUCCAACCAGAUGAGAUUGAAACA